UCAAAGUCUGUUUAAAAUGAACAACGAAACCGGCAACGACACGACUAGAUCUAACGAAAAACUCAAAUCCGUAAAGGCCAACUAUAUCCUGAAAAAAAUUAAACUUAAAGUGAGACCAGGUGCGGUUACGGGAAAAGUUUCUGAAGUUCCGUCGACAUCUCAACUCGAUUUUUCUGUAGACAAAAUAACAUCGGAAGACGAAGAGAAUUUGAUGUUGUCGAAAUCUGCCUCAGAAACGAAACUGAGUGAAUCACAAACAGUGUCAGAAAGCGAGGGUAACAAGGAGCUGAGCACCAUCGAUAAGAAGAACUUGGAGGGCGUUCAUGCUUUUGAAAGGGCGAAAUCCUUAGAGAUAAUCAAAAGGAUGCCAGCUUACGGAGAACUUAUAGCUGAUACUCCGACGUCUAGUGCAAAUCAGACCCAAAUAAGACGUCGAGAUCACCUCUAUAAAGUCUUGGUUAUAGGAGAUUUAGCGACUGGAAAAACGUCAAUCAUAAAGAGAUAUGUCCAUCGAUUUUUCUCCCAAAACUAUAGAGCUACUAUAGGUGUAGAUUUUGCAUUGAAAGUGAUCAACUGGGACGAAAAUACGGUUAUUAGACUACAACUCUGGGAUAUUGCAGGACAGGAAAGAUAUGGGAAUAUGACAAGAGUUUACUUCAAGGAAGCAGUUGGGGCUUUUAUAGUUUUUGAUUGCACAAGGAUGAACACUUUCGAAUCGGUAAAAAAUUGGAAAACAGAUUUGGACUCAAAAGUGCUUCUAGCAGAUGGUAGUAAAAUACCCUGUGUUCUGUUAGCUAAUAAGUGUGAUCAACCAAAGGAAGGGAUAGUAAAUAACAGCCAUCAAAUGGACGAAUAUUGUAAAACGGAAGGAUUUGCAGCAUGGUUUGCUACUUCGGCUAAGGAUAAUAUCAAUAUAGAUGAGGCAGCUAAAGUUUUGAUUGAAAGGAUAUUAGAGAAAGAAUCAGUUCUCACUGUCAAUAAAGAUGGCGAUCAAUUCUCCAUUCAAGAAGACAAUCAAGAACAAAACCAAGGAAAGAAGAAAUGCUUGUGUUGAUAACGACUCAGAUGUAAAUACUUAUUUGAUCUGUUUUUAGGUCAUUUAUUGGUGUAUCGUCAUAAACAUUCUUCAUUGCUCAGUUCAACUUUUUUCUAUUUUUUAUGAGUUGAUAUAGUGAUAAUAAUUAAAUAAAUUGUAUUUAUCUUUUCCUUCAGAAGUAAAAAGAUGUCCAUGCUUA